AUCAUCUUUAAUGAAUCCUCCUACCUAAAGUGAGUAUUUCUCCUCAGCCUCCACUGCAUUUUGUGGAGAGGUUGGAAAAGUUCAAACAAAACCUUUAAGGCAGAAACGGUUAUAUUAAUGUCACACAACAAGCACUAGUGACUAAAGGAGUGUAAUCCAUUCAAGUAGAAGAGAUCAGACUCUUCAGGACUCAGUUGCAUGUUUGUGCAAACUUUACUAAUAUUCAAAGAUGGAGACUCCUGAUCUGGACACAGAUAAUGUUUCCCUGCCCUCAAAAAAUAGUAAACUCCAGGGAAAGGGAUCAGAAUCACCAGCACCCAGCUGUAUCUCCAUGAAGAGUGAUCAGUCUAUGGAGCCUCCUCUGAAGUUUAAAGAUGGAGACUCCUUACUUCUACACAGUGAUGUACAGGAGGCAGGAGACAGGAAAGAAAAGAAGAUGACAGAUACAGGGCGCGACCCAGAAUCUGCUGCUAUAAAUGAAUUCCAGAAAAAGUUCAAAUCAAAUCUGAUGAAGAAGUUUCAGUGUUUGAACGGAGCGAUAAUAAACCUGGGAAACCAAACACUCCUGAAUGAGAUCUACACAGAGCUCUACAUCAUAGAGGGAGACAGUGGAGAAGUCAAUAAUGAACAUGAGGUGAGACAGCUCAAGGCAGCAUCCCAGAGAACAACAGAGGACAAACCAAUCAAAUGCAAUGACAUCUUUAAGCCCUUAUCUGAACAAGAUGAACCCAUCAGAACUGUUCUGACAAAGGGAGUCGCUGGCAUCGGAAAAACAGUCUCUGUGCAGAAGUUCAUUCUGGACUGGGCUGAAGGGAAAGCAAAUCAGGACAUCCACCUCAUAUUUCCACUUCCUUUCAGAGAGCUAAAUUUGAUGAAAGACCAGAAACUGAGUCUGAUGGAGCUCCUUCAUUUCUGUUUUAAUGAAACAAAAGAAACAGAAAUGUCCAGGUUGGAAAAAGUUCUGUUUAUUUUUGACGGAUUGGACGAGUAUCGUUUUCCUCUGGAUUUCCAGAACACAGUGAGAGUGUGUGAUGUUACUGAAUCAGUAUCAGUGCAUGUGCUGCUGAUAAACCUGAUCAAAGGGAAUCUGCUUCCCUCUGCUCUCAUCUGGAUCACCUCCAGACCAGCAGCAGCUGAUCAAAUCCCCUCUGAGUGUGUCCAUCGAGUCACAGAGGUACGAGGGUUCAAUGACCCACAGAAGGAGGAGUACUUCAGGAAGAGAAUCAGUGAUCAGAGCCUGGCCAAUAACAUCGUCACACACCUGAAGUCAUUAAGAAGCCUCUACAUCAUGUGCCACAUCCCAGUCUUCUGCUGGAUUUCAGCCACUGUUCUAGAGAGAAUGUUAGGUGAAGCAGAGAGUGGAGAGAUCCCCAAGACUCUGACUCAAAUGUACACACACUUCCUUAUCAUUCAGACAAACAUCAUAAGAGAAAAGUACUCAAAGAAACAGGAGAGUGAUGAAGAAAUGCUUCUUAAACUGGGACAGCUAGCUUUUCAGCAGCUGAUGAAAGGGAACCUGAUCUUCUAUGAGGAAGACCUGAGAGAGUGUGGUAUUGAUGUGAGAGGAGCAGCAGUGUACUCAGGUGUGUGUACGCAGAUCUUCAGAGAGGAGUUUGGGUUUCACCAGAGUAAAGUGUACUGCUUUGUUCAUCUGAGCAUUCAGGAGCACCUCGCCGCUCUGUAUGUGCACCUGACAUUCCUGAUGGAAAAGAGAAAUGUUCUUCAACAGAAUCAGGUCUCUGAAUGGUGUAUCUCACAUUUACACUAUAGUGCUGUAGAUCAGGCUUUACAAAGUCAGACUGGACAUCUGGAUCUUUUUCUUCGCUUUCUUCUGGGUCUCUCACUGAAGUCCAAUCAGAAUCUCCUACAUGCCUUAGUAACACAGACAGGAAGUAGCUCACAGAGCAUAAAGGAAACAGUUCUGUACAUUAAGAAGAUGAUCAGUGAAGAUCUUCCUACAGAAAAAUCCAUCAAUCUGUUCCACUGUCUGAAUGAACUGGGUGAUAAUUCUCUAGUGGAGGAAAUCCAACACUACCUGAAAUCUGGAAAACAAAGUGAACCCUCUUCUUCACAGUGGUCUGCUCUGGUGUUUCUGUUACUGACAUCAGCACAGGAGCUGGAAGAGUUUGACCUGAAUAAAUAUAUCAGUACAGAUAAGAUAACAGAAUAUGUUCUUGUGAAGGUGAUGCCUGUGAUUGCAGCCUCCAGAAAAGCAAUUAUCAGGUGUGAUUCACUUGUAAUGAGAAGUUGGUCAGCUCUGGUCUCAGCGCUCAGCUCAGAAACCUCCAAUCUGCGAGAACUGCACCUGUCUGUGAAAACACUGGAUCUGUCCCAUACUAAAUUAGGAGACUCAGGAGUGAAGAGUCUCUGUUCUGGACUGGAGAAUCCUAACUGUAAAGUGGAGAUACUGAGGUUGGAGUGUUGUGGUGUCUCAGAUGAAGGCUGUGCUGCUCUGACUUCAGCUCUGAGAUCAAACCCCUCACACCUUAGAGACCUGGAUCUAUCCUAUAAUAAUGUAGGAGACUCAGGCGUGAAGAGUCUCUCUGCUGUACUGGAGAAUCCUCAAUGUAAACUGGAGACACUGAGUUUGUAUAAUUGUGGUGUCUCAGAUGAAGGCUGUGCUGCUCUGACUUCAGCUCUGAGAUCAAACCCCUCACACCUGAGACAACUGUUUCUGUCCUCUAAUAAACUAGGAGACUCAGGAGUGAAGAGUCUCUCUGAUUUACUGGAGAAUCCUCAAUGUAAACUGGAGACACUGAGGUUGUGUAAGUGUGGUGUCUCAGAUGAAGGCUGUGCUUCUCUGACUUCAGCUCUGAGAUCAAACCCCUCACACCUGAGAGAACUGGAUCUGUACAAUAAUAAAAUAGGAGACUCAGGAGUGAAGCUGCUCUCUGCUCUUAGGGAUGAUGAACAUUACAAACUACAGAUACUGGAGCAUGAAUUCUUGAAAAGAGAAGAUUCAUCAGAUACAUCUUCAGACUGUUCUUCCGAAAAUAGUGAGACUACCUCUGACAAUCUGGAAGACACUUGCUCAACAUCUACACAGAACCCUGACACUGUACAUCACUCAGCAGUCACAGAAGUAUUCAUUCCUGAAUUAGGUAAACAAGACCAUGAGGACAGGAACAGUGAUGCAUAUAGGUUUCUGUGCUCUCGUGCUGGUCAGUUUCAGUGUAAAUACACCAACCUUGUGUUUGAGAUGAAAGAGAAAGGUGAAGUGAUGUACAGUAUAGUGUCCUGGGACAGCAGUCAGUUGGACGGUGUGGGACAAAUGCAGCCUGCAGGACCCCUGUACAACAUCAACUGCUUUGAGGGUUCAAUUUGUAAUCUCCACCUCCCACACUGUGAGACACAUUCUGCUCCUACAGCACUGCUUUGUUCCACUUGUUCAUGUGUUGCAGAUAAAAAUCAGACUGAACUGGCCAUUGCACAUUUCAGUAGUGGUAAUGUGGAGAUCAUUCAGCCUCUGAAAGUGACAGACACACACGUGAUCAUAGACAUUGAAAAUCUUUCUUACUUUGGCCUGUUAAAAAAAAAGCAACAUCAGGAAUAUCCGAUCAGGGCCCAAGUCCUACUCUUCUACAAAGAAAUCACUGGAAAGACAAAGAGGAGUAAACUGCACAUGCACUUAUUGCCCAGAAAUGUACCAGUUGAAGAGUUACAGAUACGAUAUCAGCACAAUGCAUACAUUGAGACCAGUUCCAUUUGUCUUCUGACCCCUGGAAAAACAUACAGACCACACUGUCAGCCUUAUAAACAUCAGCCAACGAAGGAGACAUUUGACUGUGAGUUUGGCCCCAAUUAUCACCCCACAUUUGAGGUGCUGCUUAAUGCUGAAGUUGAAGAACUCACACUGGGUCUUUUGGAUGAACAUGACCAGGAGGUGUGGGAGUCUCGUCAGGUCUUUCUUACAGAUGAUAAGAGAGAAGCUGUAUCUCCCAAAAUGGCUAAAACAGGUGCGGAAUUUGUGGAUAAACACAGAGAAAUGCUCAUACAGAGAAUUUCUUCAGUAAUGGAGAUAGCAGAUUGUCUCCUAUCCAGGAACAUGAUUACUGGUGAAAUAUACAGUACAGUCAGCGCAGAAGCUACAUCGCAGGAGAAAAUGAGGGCCUUGUACAGAUCUCUCGACUCAGGAGGAAGUGCUAUGAAAGAAGAAUUUUAUAAAAUCCUGAAGGAGAAGCAUCGUUACAUAGUGGAUGAUCUGGAGUCUGGAUCAAGUCAGACUUAAAGGAACCCUCAGUGUACACAGCUGACUUUUUUCAUCUGGCUCACUCAGGACCUGCCCAUGAUAUUUUUUAAUCAAAUUUAGUUGGUUGUAUAUUUAAAAGAAUUUAAACCAGUGUGACCCUGACCAGGCACUUACUAAAGAUGAAUGAAUGAACACUGUAAAUGCAUUGUGCAGCACUGCACUCUCAUGUUAAUGUUCAUUCAUUCAAUAAGGCUCGAAAUUGGGAUCAUUUUGGUCGCAUAUGCUCCCGAAAGUUAAUCUGUAUGACCUUAUAAUAUAUUUGGGAGCAUUUGUGCAAGUGCAAAUGAUUUUUGUGAUGCUACCUGUUUUCAUUUCUCUCAAAAAACAUUGGCUAAUUACUGCACAGUAUGUAAGUAUGUCCACCGUUCGCCACAGUUGCAGGCAGCCGAUCAGAACUGAGUUCCAGAAAAAUUUGUUAGCCAAUGAAAUUUCAGGCUAUAAUAAAGCCAAUUGGGCCCGCCCACUGCUGACAAAAAGAAAAACUAUUCAUGCGAGCAGAGCGUAGAAUUUUACUCUCGAUUUCUCCCCUUUCUGCAUGUGAUAGAUUUCCGUCUAUUUUCCUCUUGUAGUUGUAAUUUACCACGUGUGUGAACGUCAAUAACGCGCUUGGAUUUUUGGCACGGAUUUGACACCAUGGCAGUUGUAGGUAACGCUGCAUUCGCCACAGAAGCCACACAUUUUAUGUGCGAGUGGUGGUGGUGUUUUAAAUAUAUGUGUGUAUACAUAUAUUGUGUAUACACACGUGUGUGUGUGUGUGUGUGUGUGUGUAUACACACACACACACACACACACACACAUACAUAUAUAUAUAAAUUGUAGCUGUGGUGCACCUAACUUUUUACCAAAAAAAGUUAAUUUCAAGCCCUGCUGCAUUAAUCUUAAGUAACUGCUUUAUUAUUAUUGGGCAGAGGGUCUGCAGGCUAAAACACCUUGUUAAUGAGAGCGCAUCAGAGGAGAAUGACCAGACUGGUCUGAGCUGACAGGAAGUCUAUAGUAACUCAAAUAAUCACUCUUUACAACCGUAGUGAGUAUAAAAGCAUCUCAUCAUCAUUAAACCCUGGUGUAGAUGUACUCCUGUCAGCCAAGAACAAGAAUCUGAGGCACUCAGAUGGCAAUCAGGGGCAAAGACUCACCCAAACUGGACAGCCCAUCCACUGCAAAGAUGAUUUGUGAAUGCUGAGAUGCUUUUCUGCUCACUACAGUUACAAAGAGAGAUUAUAUGAGUUACUACAUCCUACCUGGUAGCUCGAACCAAUCUGGCCAUUUUCCUCUGACCUCUCUUAUCAACAAGGCGUUUCCACACACACAUCUGUAGUCACGCAAUUUUUUUUGUUGUUUUUCACACUAUUCUGUGUAAACGCUCGAGACUGUUAUGUGAAAAUCCCAGGAGAUCAGCAGUCCCUCCAGGAUUUAGCUAUUUUUUUCCCUCAUUUUCCAAAGUUUCCCUCAUGGGAUCAAUAAAGUAUAUCUAUAUAUUUUGCAAUUGCAUAAAUUAACACAAAAUCAAGGAAACACGGCAAUAUUCAGAGGAGCCUGUAAGUUUUCAAAAUUACAGCAGAUUUUCUGCAGAUUUGGCCGAGAUGCGUCAUGUGACGUCAACACACCGCACAUUCAGCCAAAGCCUUCUUCGAAUACGUGUGUCGAACAUGAGUACAGCUAAAAGGUCUCACUUACCAACAAACAUCACUGUGAAAGUGUUUUUUUUUUUUUAAAAAAAAAACUAUUUUGUGUGAUUGCGGUUUCGCCAAUUCAAGUAGUUUUCCACAAAAAACUCCUCAAAUUGCAUCACAAAUUUUGGAGAAAAAAAAAAAACACUGCAGCAAAAUCAAGCAUUUUUGGCCACAACAAUCACAAAAAAAGCUCUGUGAAAUCCUGUAAGGUGUGAUUUCUGAAAUACUCAAACCAGCCCACCUGGUACCAACAUUAUGGUUAGAGUCACAGAGAUCACACUUUUUCUUCAUUCUGAUGUUUGAUGUGAACAUAACCUGAAGCUCUUGACCUGUGUCUACAUGAUUGUAUGCUGCCACGUGAUUGGCUGAUUAGAAAACUUUGUGAAUGUGCAGGUGUUCCUAAUAAAGUGUACUAUGACUGUAUUUUAUCAUAACUGUAUGUACACAAAUAAAAAUAAACAAUAUUUUAUAUAAAAAUUUAACCACCCAAACAUAUUUACAAAAUAUUUACUUGCUUUGUACCUUUGUGUUUUGUAGGUUUUAAAAAUACAUUUGAAAUAUUUGGGUGCACUAAAUCGCCAUGUAUGAUUAGCUGUGUAUUUUUAAUGAUGGGGUUUAUUGAUGUGAUCUUUCAUUUUCAACAUCACUGUUACAAUAUAUAUAUAAGUUUUUAUACCAAAAAUAUUAUUUGCUCUAAAAAUAAAAAAAUAAAAAUGUAGUGAGCCAUUUUACUCCUUUACUGAAUACAGCACUCU